AGACAAGAAUCAAAGAUUGGCGCGAAGGUGGUCUCAGUGGCACGUAUAUAGUGAAAAAACUACGUGAAGCAGCCGAGGAUUUAAGAAGUUAUGAACGAUCAGCAGUACCAGAAGGAUGGAGCUGUCAUUGGGACAGGUACUGUAUUCGACUGAACACAACUUCUAUGAGUCGUACAACUUUCUUGCCAUAUGAGAUUUUUCAGGUCAAAGAAAAACCAUCUUUUUGGAUCUCCAAGAAGUUGACAUGUCGUCGAAACUGGGAAAUUUUUCAUUCUUUAACUUUUCAAGCGUUUGUAAAUCGUACGAUCAGUUUUUAUCCGCUUCUUUAUAACGAGAUGAAGAGGGUUUAUGAUAAAACGAGCAGAACAAAAGGAAUUAUUUUUUAUAUUGUUCACCUUGCUGCGUGCGUCGCCAGCACUCCAGUGGUUGUUUUUACGAAAUGGAAGGCAGUCGAUAUAUAUGGUUCAGUGCCAUUGUAUGAAGUGGGCUUAGACAAAGAUAAAUUAUCAAUACAAAGUACAAAAAAUCGCAAAAGUUUCAUGACUUUUUUGUGUAGUCUUGUAUAUACUUGUACAAUGCUCCAUGUCAUCUUGCAAUGCAAGUUUUUAGACAUUUUUUUGGGGGGGGGGGGGGCACCGAAGAGAAAUGUUUUUCGUGGUAAAAAUGUAAGUUGUUUGUCCAACCAUUAAAAAAGUUUAAAAAUUUUGUACCCAACCUCAAAUAUCAAUUAAAAAAUAAAUACACACCCCUGGCCAAAAACAUUACAAAAGGAUGCCAUUCGGUUGUCACACAUGUCCUUUACCACUACUGUGACAUGAGGUUGAUAACUGCUUGUGCAAUUUUCUGCAGUCUAAAGUUUCAUGUUGUCUGCACAUGUACUUUGAAGACACCAUUUGCCUCCUGACACAUCGGAAAAUGAUCAAGACUCUGAUUGAUUUACAUAUUGUAUUUGACAAAAAGUUGAAGGGUAUUGCAGAUGUUAAAUUUCCAUCAUUAUUCAAUCGAGUGAGAUGCCAACAAAAUCUUGAUAUUUCACAUAUGACUGUUGACGUCGCUUUUAUAUAGUCUUCAAUAUUUAAGGUUACUUCACACGAUGAACGUGCGUUUUAGUCCAUUGGACAUUGCGCAUCGAAUUUUAGGUGUAACUUUACCAAAUUUUCAGUGAAGAAAGCCAGGAAAAUGCUGAUUUCAAAUAUUUUCAUUUGAUGGGUGUUCAGUUUAAACAUUUUCAGUAUUGGCUGACUAAAUAUAUAUAUAUAUAUAUAUAAAGGUACUUUCAUAAAAAAAUCAAACAUGUUUAUAGUUUACCUCAACGUUUGUCUAGAUAUCGCAAUACGAAUCUUCAUAGGCACGGAAAAAAAAGGUGUGCGGAAAAUUUCUCUUCUUUAGUGGUUUUUCUGAUAUGCCCUAAUUCUUGGAUUUGUCACUGAUAAUUCACGAAGUUGUCAAAAGAACCAGGUCGUAUCAGAAAAACUAUUGAAGAAGAGAAAUUUUCCGCACACAUUUUUUUAACCGUACCUAUGAGGAUUCAAAUCGAGAUAUGUAGACAAACGUUGAGGUAAACUAUGAACAUAUUUUGAUUUUUUUAUGGGAUACCUAUAUAUCUCUUUAGUCAGCCAAUACUGGACAUGUUUAAACAAAACACCCUUCAAAUGAAGAUUUUUGAAAUCAGCAUUUUCUUGGCUUUCUUCACUAAAAAUUUGGUAAAGUUACGCCUAAAAUUCGUUGAGCCAUGUUCAAUAGACUAAAACGCACGUUCAUCAUGUGAAGCGUGAAGUAACCUUAAGUGAGUCAUGUUUUGGAAAGGACGAUAAAUUUUUAUUACCCAAACUUUUCUCACUCAAAAUUUUGUUUACCCAACCUUUUCCCCUUCGUUGCCCCCCCCCACCAUAAAUAAUGACCGUUCCCCAAACCAGGAAAUUUGAACCAGAGUGUUUUAAGAGUGCAUACAACACAAGCCACGUUGAAAUCUUUAUAAGCCCGGGCUAAGGGAUUUUUAGAAGCUUUUGCUGGUGUUUAAUUUAACAUUCACCGCAUCAAAGAAUAUUUUUUAUGGUAACAAGUACAAUAAAUCCAGGUAAGAUAAGUGGAGGAGUUUUUCUAUUACGUGACCGUUGUGGACGUUGGAACAAAAAAUACGGAGAAAGGUAAAUUUGGGUGUAAGUAUAUGCUAUAUAUUGUCAACACUGAAAUAUUGCUUUAGAUUUUUGUAAUAGAUAUACAGCCAGGUAGUGUACAUGUACAAAGUAUUCAGUUUAGUUAUUUUCCUCAGAGAAGUUUAGAGUUGACACCUUUGCAAAAUUCCGGUAAGAAUCGGGGAAUGGGCCAUUUUAGAAUUACGGUUAAAAUUCUGAGAACGACGCAAAAUUAUGAUUCUUUAUGAGAAUCAAAAUUAUGAGAAUCAAAAUUAUUAAAAUAAUUUAGCAUGGAACUUUUACCUGACUUUUUUGCAAUUCAAAAAUGGCCUGUUGCUUCGAUUCAUAUUUUGAAGGUGUAAUCAACUUGGGUCGGUUUUACGAAGGACGGAUAGCGCUAUCCACCUGAUAAAUAAUAUCCAAUGGAUAACGCUGCUUAGCCUUCAUGCAACAGGCCCCUGAUUUAUAGAUAUCGUUUAUGCCAGUUUGAACAGAUCAAAAGUUAUUAGCUGGAAUAUAGUUGGAUCAUACUUUUAUGCUGUACCGAGUUGGAUUUGAAUUCGAUUGAAACUUACCAGCUUCAAAGGAAUUCAACAUCCCCAUGGGCAUAUAAUGCAUAGGUUAUCUUCAAUUUUCUUAUCCAGCUAUGACAUUUGUUAGAUUAGUUAAUUGCUAUAUGUGUUAAUAUUAUAUAUUUGUUUCUAUAUGUAUUAUUAUUGUAUAUUUUCUUUGUUUUUUUCUCCAGUCUGUCCGCAGUUACUAAUUUUUUCUUUUGUUUUUUUUUUCUCUUUUGCCAGCACUUACAAGAGGUAUUUCUACACAAAGGGCAAAACUGGAGAAUCGCAAUGGGAUUACCCUCAAACCUCGAAUGAUUCUUCAUCAGUGGAAAAACAGAAGAUGGUAUCUGCGCCAGAUAAUAGUGAUGCAAUAGGAUCAUGGGGUAUGUUAAUUUCUCUAUAAUAAAUAUUUUACAGUCAAAAUACAAGAACCUUUCCGCUUCUGUAUAGUCUAUUGUAAUUACGGUGCCUAUAAACAAAGUUUGGUGUCGCUUUAUAUUCGCUGCGUGAGUUUGCUAUUCUGUUAGUUUGUGAGGUUGUUAUUCAAAAAUACUGUGUCUUCGUGGUUGCCAGGAAAUUUUUAAUAAAAUAUUUUCUUACAUCCAGCAAGAAGUUUUUGUCAUCUUAUAUAUUGAAAUGCCAUGCAAUUUGCUUGUUGAUUAAAAAUUCCAAAUGUAUUUUUGAAAUCAAAUUGUCGUGUGUGGAGAUCGAUGCUGUAGUAGUACAGCACACUAUCUAAAACCUAGCUCCGCAGAAUGUGUUACAUUUUGUUUACACAGGAAAUCUUUAUUUUUUGGAUUUUGCUGCCAGGAAGAAAAAUAUUGCGGUACACCCUUUUUGCGUAUGUUCUAGGGCACCUCAUUGUAGUAUUAUGUUUUGCUUUGUUUUUGUGUAGCUGUUACCAAAUUAUGAGCAAAUACGGCGAACAAUUUUAGUUUUCUUUGUUUUUUAUAUGAUAACUUUAGCAAAUGAUGCAUUUUUCGUUAGACGCUGUAUUUUAGCAAAUACACUGGAAUUCUUUUCCAAAUCCUUACUAUGGAAAUAGAUGGAUCUUCGUUGGAAAUAGUAUGGAAAUCCAGUUUUCAUACUACUUGCAAUUAGUGGUGCAAUUGCAAAUUCCAUUGUAUGUAUUUCACUAUUUUUUUCCAAUGAUAAAAACUGCGAAAUUUGAAUUUUAUCACGAUAUUUGCGCAUAAAUCGGUAACCGCACAAAUUACAGAAAAUAACUUCGGAAGUGGGAACGUUUCUGCAUGUAUUUUGAAUUUGACCGUGAAGUGCAUUGACUCGACAUUGUUUCUUUAUCUUAUAUGUUGAUGGAACUUUUAAAGUUGUAAAGAUUGAAUCGUCAUUAAUUGUUACUAUGGCAACACCAGUAACGCAACUUUUGUAACCAGUUUCCCACCCCCAGAAUGUUGAUUUAUACAAGUCGUACAUUCUUUUCUGACAAGUAGCAUUUUUUCAAAAAGCUCAAUCUAACUCGUAAGGAACCGGUCAUUAUUUAUGGGGGCACUGGAGAGAAAUGUUUUCGUGGCAAAAAUUUUGCUGACCCAAUCAUUAAAAAGUCAAAAAUUUGAUUACCCAACCUCAAAUAUCAAUUUAAAAAUAAAUACCCACCCCUGGCCAAAAACUUUACAAACGGAUACCAUUCAGUGUCACACAUGUCCUUUACCACUUCUGUGAAAUGAGUUUGAUAACGGCUUGUGAAAUGAUAACGGCUUAUGAAAGACACCAUUUGUCUCCCAACAUAUCGGAAAAUGAUCAAGAUAGUGACUCUGAUUGAUUCACAUACUGUAUUGUAUUGGCAUAUGACUGAGCUACUGUUGACAUUGCUUUUUAGUCUCCAAUAUUUCUGUGACUCAUUUACCCAACCUUUUACUUACUCAAAAUUUCGUUUACCCAACCCUUUUCUUUUCGGUAUUGAGGCAUCAGUAAAUAUUUUAUUUCAUAACUUAUAUUUAACGAAAUCACAUGGAAUACGCAAGAUAGCUAAUAAUUACGUCUUAUUUCUUAGAAACGUCCGUUACCAAAGAAACCACGUCUUCAUUAAAACCUUCUUUCGACAGUCACUUCUAUGCUUCGAACGUCGCAAAUACAGCUGCAUAUCCAGUUGUAACACAAUCUCCAAUUAUUGUUCCAACGAAUGUCCGUCAAGGUAGGCAUGUUUAAAUCCAUGAUUUUCACCAGUAUCAUCAGAAUACAUUGCAUUCCAUUAGAUUGUUUUGGUGGUACCUUCUGUUGCUUUGCAGCUGCUUUGCAAUGCAUCCCACUGUCUUGCAUUGCCUUGUAUACUGUCUUCUCUUUUUAUUUCUUGUAUUUUGUACUGUAUACUGUGCUGUACUGUACUGUACUGUAGUAAUGCCCGUUGAAAUCAUUCCAACAUACUGUAUUGUACUGUAUUUAAUUGCAUUGCAUUGCAUUGAGUAAUACCCAUUGAAAGUAUUCCAACAUAUCGUCCAACGUUGCCGACCAUGUUGGGUGAGGUCGGAUGAUAAUUUUCAAUAAGAUCAAACCUAAUCAAGCAUCUUCCAGCGUCAGCCACCAUUACCAAAUAUACCGUUCAAACAGACCCAAACUGGUCAAGCAAUUUUCUUUUCCUUAUAAUGACAAUCGGAGCCCAGCAUAAUUCUUUAUAAAUAGAGGCAUACACACAAAUAAAACUUAUAACAUGUUGGAAUGGUUGAACUGGCCCCUAUUGUCGCCCUAAUGUAAAGCUUAUUUAUUAAAGUGCAUAUGACAUGAAAUUUCUUAUUUUCUUGUUUUUAUGGGUUUUUCCCAAGAUAUUUCAAUUUGUUUGAUAUGUAAAUGAUGUGAAUAUGUCCGUUAAUUUAUGACGUCACUUUGGUUGCAAGCUCUUCAAAAUGGUUGAAUAUCAUUGCUAUCAUCCAAGAUGAUAAUCUCAAACUUCACUCACUGGUAAAUGUGAUGAAAUACUGAAGAAAAACGUGAACUGAUAUCUACAGUUUUCGAGUUAAUAGAUUUAUAACCAGUGUAGGUUGAGCUUGCAACCAAAGUGACGUCAUAAAUUAGCGGACAUAUCCACAUUCAUUUACAUAUCAAAAUAUUGAAAUAUCUCUGGAACAAACCAUAAAAACAAGAAACUGAAAAAUAAGUUACACCACAGCUUAAAUGUCAUAUGCACUUUAAGUAUACAAGGUCUGUAUAAAAAAGGUAAUCCAAUUUUAGCAUGCUCUUGUGUGUUCAAAAUUAGUUUUUUUUUCUUGUUAAUAAAGAUUAGUGUUGUACCUUUUGAAUGACACCUGUAUCAUUUGAAGCAAAAAUGACCAAGUACCAGCGCACUAAAUAUUGCCGGUCGUUUUCGGCCUUCGUGCAUAAUCGAAGCAGUACAUAAAGAAACAGCAAUUAAUCACUAUAAUGUAGUAAAAUGUACAUGUCUUGUCAAACAGUAUGCUUAAAAAAGAAGUGACAACAUGUUAUGACUUGUGAAAUUCAUGGAAUUUCAGAUCCAAAUUGGAUUUAUUUUCAAUAUGUAGUUUUCCAACGGUGGAAAAAUGCGGUUUCGACCGCCAAUGUUUAUUCUAUUCGUAUUUGGGCAUUUUCCUGUGUAAUGAUACAAAAAGGUAGCAUUAUGCAGCAAAAACGCUGAAUUUUACUGCUGUGUAAAAUUUUUUAUCGAUAACUCUAUAUCUAACGUACGCAAACAUGAUAAAGUUGAAUUACUUUUUUAAACACUCUGUACAAUGAGUAUAUUUUAUCAUUUUAACAGAAAUCGCCAGCUUGGUACCCGUCGUGAGUAAAACAAACUACAGUAUGUUAACAAGUUCCGUUGAUCCAGAUCCUAACACUGCUACCGUAUAUCCAGUCUUCCAGCCGUCCCAAGAUACCGCUCCAACAGACGUCACAAAAGGUAAACUUUAAUCAUUUACAUUAUGCCAAGUGGAAAGUAGGGGAUAAGUCCAUCAAAAACGGAAUUCAUUAAAUCAGUGAAUUCGAGGGCGCUGGUUUCGAAAAUUGGCCUUUUGCAACAAUAGAUGAUUGCAGGUAUAUAUAGACGAAAUGUUGAUCUAGACAAGAAGGACGAAAUCCAUCACCAUAGCUGGAAAAAAGCAUCUUAAAAUGAGUAAAAUUGCAAAGUUUGGUUGCGAAAUGUUGUAAAAUGAGGAAAAUAUAGCCCUGUGAAGUUCGCAAAUUUUGUAAAGCUAGCGCAAAAUUGGAUAUUUUGAACAUUUGCCACCGAAAACCUUGAACGGCGUUCAAGAGUUGGUACCUGCACCCUCCCCCUAGUUAUACCAAUUUUGCUUAAGCACGCUAUUAAUGUGUUUUACAAACAUUACGUAAGCCUAAAACAAAUAGAUCGUGUCUAAGAAAGUGUUUUAUUUUUAGAUCCAUACAGGUUGGAUGAUGACAGCCCCCCUGCAUCUGAGAAUAAUAUAGAACACGGUAUGUAAAGUAAAUAAAAAUAUUUUUGUAUUGCGGUGUUUAUAUUGUUUAUAUCUGCCCUUGAGUUUGUUAGUUAGUUUGUUAGUUUGUUUGCAAUCAAAUUUUUCCAUAACGUUUUCUGAAUUUCCUUUUUUGCGGAAAAAUUUCCUUUCCGAUUAAACUCUCACAACCUACUUUUUGCUGCGCCUUAUCUCUGGUUCUGGAACAAAAAUACCACUGUUCGAAAUCAUGCUUUUGAAAGACAAGCGAAACUGUAUUGCUGACAAAUUGCUCAAAUUAUUUAACUAAUUAAAAAUUCAGUACGUUUGAUCCUUAUGACUUUCGUAUCGUUCGUUUUCUAUUUUCAGCUGUAUACCAGUGGAUUCGUGUCACCUUUCUCUUUAUUUUGCCCAACAUGUUUUAUUUUGAAGGUUUUAAAGCCAAGUGUUAAUACUAGCGUACGGACCAACUGCCAGGCGACAGAACUAAAUCUAAACUUUACUUGGAGUCGAAAAGUUUUAUUGUAGGCACCGCAUUUCAGUACUGUGUCUGGUUCUUCGUAAUAGCUGCCUGCACAUGCAUUCAUUCAUAUAUCCACACUCGACUUGAGUAUUUUAGAUGCAGACUUAAAUUUUUAUAACUCUUUAUAUAGACCUAGAGUUUCAUUAAUACAAGACAUUUAAUUUCUUCAUUUUCAGUUGCGUGAGAGUUGAUAAGUGUUCACUUUAUAUUACCACGCGCGUAGGGAAAAUUUGAACUCGCUUAUUAGCCCAAACUUGAUGAGUGCAUAGUCCAUCAAGGUAUGAUGGUCUGAAAACUAAAGUCAUAGUAUUAUGUUUUUGUCGCGGAGUUUAUGUUAAUUUGUGCACGGUCGCGGUGAUUGCAUGAGCUCAUUGUACUUUCGUAUGAUGAAGUAAUUGUCCAGUAGGGAUAGUUGAGAUGCAACCACGAUGAGUAAUACUUAAUGAAGUUAAGACAAGGAAUUUGUGGAUGGUGAGGUAUACAGUUGAAAAUCAAACAAAGGUCGUUUGUAGUUUACCCGGCUUCCAGACCAUCAUAUCUUCAGCGUCGAUGAGAGUUGGCGUUACAGUGAUCAAGAAAAAUGUUCUUUAUAAAGUGCAUACACGAAACUGUUUAUUGUCUUAGACGAAAGAACUGCAGAGUAUCUCCUUUAUAUAGAUUUUUAUUUCCAUAUUUCAUUGUUGAGAUAUUCCGUAUUCUUUAAAAAUCUCGAUAUUGCCGUCAUGUACAUUGCAAUAUUUCGAUAUUGGCGUCAUGUACAUAUAUGAUGAGAUAUUAUUGCAUGUUUUAUAUAUUUCUUAUGAAACGAAAUUGACUAAGCAUCAAUUAGAUUAAUACUGCAUGUAGGAAAAAUAAAUACGCGCUGCUUGUUCUAUGUAAUUUCGUCAAGUGCAAUCGAAGAAAUAAAAUAUUCAAUUAUUCUUCAUUAUUUAUGUAUGGUAUAUGACGUCAAGUUGGUUGCAUUGUAUUUUUAAAGAAAAUGAAGUAUCUCAACAAUAAAACAUGGAAAUAAAAAUCUAUAAAAGAAGAUAUUCAGGCUUCUUUUUUUAAGACAAUAAACAGUUUCAAUGGAAAACAUGAAAAACAAUAUCCAUAAAAACAUAUAGGCUCAACAGUCUUAAACUUUCGUUUAAUUUUUUUCCUUUGUGAUAUUUUAUGUUUGUUCGUUAUGUAGAGCCAGCACCCCCUCCUCCAGGAUUGUCUCCACCUCCUCCCCCUCCUACAGAUGUGCAAACGAUACCUCCUCCACCUCCCCCACAGGACCCACCUCCUCUACCUCCUCCAGUUGUUCCCAGUGUCUCGGAGAAAUCAUCCAACCAGUAAGUUACGACCACUAAUCUCAAAACUUGGCAUUUUUAUGCAUUAUUCGCAGUGGCGGACACUUGGCGGUAGAGAAGUACAAGAAUAUUGUGCGUGGUAGGCUAUUAGAUUGCCACCAUGCGACUUGUAGCUGGAAAUCUUCUGUUCUGUAAACAUUUUUGCCUCAAAGUUAAGCAAUCUAUAGCUUAAGUUAUAGCGUAUUAAUAGUCCGGCGGAAAAGUAAAAAAUCAUGCACUUUGUGAAGAAAGCACCCAAUUCACAGGAAGUGUAGACUUUAACAUGAUAAUGAAUCUUAGAUAUGGAGGCAUCACCAAAAUUGAUGCUGACGGCUUAAAAUUUAGGAUUUCUUAUAUUCUCUUAUUAAACUCUAGUACUGUUUAAAAUUGUGAAAUUGCAGGUUCUCUAACUGCUUAAAUCUCUGAUAUGCAGUUUUUUGUGAGCUUUCUAAUGACGCAUGUCAUUUUUGCUACAUGUGAACCAGCAAUUUCACAUUUUUUAAUUGUAUAAGAGAUUAAUAAGAGAAUAUAAGAAAUCCUAAAUUUUAAGCCAUCAGCAUCAAUUUUGGUGAUGCCUCCAUAUCUAAGAUUCAUUAUCAUGUUAAAGUCUACACUUCUGUGUAUUUGGUGCUUUCUUCACAAAGUGCAUGAUUUUCUCAAAUAUCUGUGCAUAUCCGCUGGACUAUAAUGCUUUCAUGUUUGGAAAAUUAUUGGCACUGCUUUGUUACACACUUGGUUAGCUAUCAUUCCAAGUGUCAAUUCGUACUUAAACUUGCUUUUUAUAUCUGUAGAGAUGAACAAGUGGACACAGGAAGCAUCAAACAUGGUGUGAUCCAACGACCUUUGAUAGAUUAUUCAGACCUGGAUGGUCCACUACCAAAUACCCAUGUAAGGGUUUGUGUUCUGAUAUACUGUAUUUGCCCUAUAUUUGGCCGAUAUCUUUCGACACUGUCGUGGUGAAAACCUGAUAUCCUUACAUCAUAUAUUUCCUUACAAAAUUCUCCCAAGCCAUAUUUUCCCAGAAAAUUUUACCCCUUCGCUUCCGAUUAAGGGCUAUUUUAAAAUUUUUAAUACACCUUUUGCAUUUGAUACACUUGACAAAAAAUUCUAGCCGUCAAAGGUGUGACUAGCUCUCAUCCUAAUUUAUAAGUACUUCGUAAGUAUUUCUUUAGUUUACAAUAAAAUAUAUUUCACACUACUCUUUCUUAGUGAGUGGCAUAUUUCCUCCAUCAUCUAUAAAUGUUUACAUUGUUACGACCCGAAACUGUUUAAUAGUUUUGAAGUAACUUCUGUGAAGUAACUUCUUUUAUAAAGAUUUCUAUUUUCAUGUUUCGUUCAUGAGAUAUUCCGUUUUCUGUAAUUGACGUUAUCCAUGAAUCAGGCUUUCUUGCCAUCCUACUUUUUCCUACUUUUCUUCAACUUUCCUACUUUUCCUAUUUUUUAUUAAAAAUUGCUUGAUUUUCCUACCUUUUCCCACUUUUUCGCAUAAAAUCCUACUUUUUUUAAGACAGCUUGGGGAAUCAGUAUGUUAUAGCUCUCGUAAUUACAUCUAUAGUACCCGUAAUUUUUAUUCCCUAUUUGUGUCCCAGAUGAUAAGAUCUCAGGAGGAGAAGUGCAUUUUCCGAGUAUAAAAUUUCAUAGCAUUUCUAGAAUCAUAAUCAAUAAAUUAAUGAAGACUCCGAAAGUGCCAUUUCUAACGAUCUAGAGAUUCCAAAUAUUCAACUCCCUCCUCAGUUAAUCAAGCAUCAUAUAUACAGGGCCAUAGCAACCGGGGGGGGCCCCCCAAUAAUUUGCUAAUAAUCAUUUUUUUCAAAAUCCUGAUGCAGACCUUUAUCAUUUAAUCCAUGACAAACUGCAAAGAAUGAAGAUAUUACCCAUACUUUCCUGGAACUUAUCCAAUUUUUAGUUAAUUAAAUACGCCUUUGCCCAUUUAGUACUACUAAAUUGUAAAUUUUGACAUGCUAAAACGCUGUUUUUUGACCAUUAGAAUUCUGUCAAAUCUUCCCCAAAGUCCAGGAAAUGGCAUUUCAGAGAUUCUAAAUUUAAAAAUUUCCUCGGGCCUUCGGCCCUCACUUUCAGCCCCCCUCCCACAAUCGAAAAGAGCUUCUUACGGCUCUGAUAUGUGCUACUGCCGCAGUGUGGAUUGGUGCAUUGUGUAGCCCAAUACAUGCAUUUGAAUUGUGUUGCUGCGGAGCAAAUGCCUUAGCUUUUAUACCGAUGCAAUUUAAAAGUUUUGAGAAAAAAAUGCUGCAUAGGUGAAUGAGUACAUAAAAAUAUUGAGCACAAAAAAUGUACACAAUUGUGUUAUUUGCAUCUCCAAAACUCCUACUUUUGUCCUACUUUUGUCCUACUUUUCUACACAUUUUCCUACUUUAUUCCUACUUUUUCAAAAAUUCUAGUCCUACUUUUGUCCUACUUUUCUACACAAGGAUGCCAGAAAGCCUGAUGAAUACCAGUAAUGAGGCACCAGUGAAUGUUUUAUAUAUUUGUUCAUAUUAAGCGAAUUACUUCGAGCGAAUGUGCGUUUGUUUCUCGUGCAGCAUCAAUGAUGCUGGUCCUUAAAUAAUUUCGUUCAAUAAUAGCAUAAAACUUUCAUUAUACGGUAGUGUAAGUAGGGGGUUUACCAAUCAGCCGUACUUGCAGCUAAGAGCUAAGUUGUAUUGCGAAGGACGCAGCUCUAGCUGGCAGCCACCUGAUGACUCAUAUCCAUAGAUAUCUUAUAUACACUAGAUAGUGCAUCUAAUUAUUCUGCAAUUCAAAAAUUGAAGCCGUGAUUGCAGAAUUAGGAUAUUCCCAUGAAAUGAGAAGAUUCGUAUGUUUUCUAUUUCUUAAACAGGGAACUUAAACAUUAAGUUAAACCUAUUCCAAAUACAUGUUUAAACUAUUCAAAUGAUGAAAGUUAUUGUUGUUUUUUAAGCGUUUAUUAGCGAGUGGAAACUACCAACAUGGCCGCCAUCUAUUCUAAUGGGGGUAACCGCUGGAAUAUUCUUAGCUUCAAUUUUACUAAAAGAGAUGCCCUAUCUAGUGUAUAUAAGAUAUCUAUGCUCAUGUAUCUGAUCAUGGAGCAUAACCCAGGGUUCGAAUUAAUUCUGAAAAAAUGGUUCGUGAAUUAAUUUUUUUAUUUUAAGGAAAUGUUAAGGAAUUUUCAAGGAAUUUUCUCUAAUUGGAAGUUAAAAAGUUGAAGCACUGCAAUUUUCAAAUACAUCGCAAACUCGCAAAAAAUAGAAUUUUGGGUGGAAUAAUAAUCGUUUUUAAGUGCAAUCUAACAAUAAUAUCUUCAGAAUAUAUGAUCCUUCAUCACAUUUACAAAGAAAUGAAUUUAUUAUUGUAUCUUUUUAUCAAUUUGAGACACUUUUGAUUCGUGAUUUUGACCAAUUUCUAUGAAAUUGGGUUCGUGAAAAAUGAUUCGUGAUUCACGAAUCACGAACCGUUAUUUCGAACCCUGUUUAAACCACGCUGGAAGGGUCGGUUUUAGAGCUUAUCCAAACCUACCCUGUCACCAUUUCCUGUGGGAGGAAACCAGAGUGCCUGGAAAAAACCCUACGACUUACGGUAGAACUUAGACUGACUCUUUUGACAUAAGUGUCAUGAGUGCGUCCGCAGCGAGGUGAAAGGGGCUUUGAAGGAGAAAAUUGAGCCAUUAUCUACAGGACGUCAAUAUAAUGUUGGUUACAUUAAUAUUAAAGGACGGAACAUCUUGAAAACGAAAAAUGGAAAUAAAAAUUUAAACAAGUUUGGCCUGUUUAGACGUCGAAUUACGUCGAAUAUAAUCGGUUGAAUUUAUUGCUGCUGAUUUUUAAUUCGAGAGAAAUGGGUGUUUUGAAUGGUGUUUUUCGACGCAGCCACUGACACAGUCACACAUUUAAAAGUGCGAUGUUGUUCAAAUAUUUGUCGGGUAAUUGACAGAAAUUGACUUCGAACUUUCAUCGAACACAGUUCUGUGGCAUUAAAUUCAACGUCGGAAAUUCGACGUCUACAACAUGCCUUACUCUACAGUUCAAGAAAUCAUUCGUCUAACAGCUUCGUGUCGUAUGCACAUGUGGAAUUAUUUUAAUUCAAAUACGUUCAUUUCCGUUUAGGUGCAAGCUAGUAGUAGUUCAAGAUCAUCUCCUACUCCUAUGCAAACAACUACUAAACAAAAGAAGAAAAAGGUUCAGUAGCAUUGAUUGAUUGUAGUGUUUUUGCUAUAUUACAGACCCAGUCAGUUCCACCCCCUGAAGAUUGUUUGAUAAUAUAAUACAGAUUGAGGAUAGGUGGGGGGCAUUUUGAUUAAUAAAUUUUUCUAUUAGAGUGGGGGAUUAAUACAUUUCUUCUCAAGUUACAAUGCUUAUCGGGCUGAGGCUUACUUAGAGGCAGUUGUAGUGGAGGAUUUACACGAACUUAAGUAUUUGUUAAGUUUAUAGUUCUAUACUUCAUGCAUAUUUAAGUUGAAUAUCGAGACUCUCCAUUUUGGUCUAUUUCAUUUUGCAUCUAUAUAUCAUUUUCCAACUUGUAAGACUUAGGCUACAUAUCUAAUGUAAACACACCGUGUCAGACCUCAGUAUGUUUGUGAUGUUGUUUCUGAGUGUGUCCACACCUCGCAGGCUGAAAAGUUUGCUUGCGGUGGGAAUCGAAUUCGCGAACUGUGGUUAAAUAUUUGUAGGUUACAUAACAUCGGAACGGACCAAAAAUUAAAUGCUUAUCCAAAAAACCCACUUUUCAUUCAUAUUUUCCCAACUGAUUUUUCCUGUAGUCCAAGUCUUCUUCUGUCCCUAUUCGGACGUCCAAAGUAAAGCAGAUGUCGUCAUUAGUACAGAAAUGGCAAGCAAUCAAAAGACAAGAGGAGGUACUUUCUGAAGAUGAAAGUGAUGAGGAGGAUUAUGCCGCCAAGAAUGAAGCACAGAUAGAGCAAUGGCGACAAGAACAGAUCACAAGGUAUUUACUAGUAAUUUUAGCAAUUCUUUAUUUUUUAUUUUAUAGUGGAUCAGAUAAACAAAAAAGAGCUUAAGCAAGCAACGUUUUUGACAACACGAAACUCAAGCGUACAUUGUGUUAGCAGUUCGUGAUUGAAAUAAUGGGUGGGGAUUAAAAAUGUGAACAGCACACUGUACAGCCUUUAGUACCUGGCAAACGUUGCCUGUAAAAGUUUAAGUGAAAGCUUGUUUACUCGACACAUUUUUUGUUAAGAGGCUGCAAUCCUGGAAUCAGCACUUUUAGCCUACAAUUAAUUAACCCAAAUAAUCUUUGGAAUAACGGCCAAAAUGUGCAAAAUUCUUUCGUAUAGAGAAAAUGCCUUUUCUGGAUGGUUUAGAUUAUUAUCAUGCAGUGGCCAAGAGAAGUCCAAUGAACCUGAAUGAAAAUUUGUUAAGUUUGUACGACUGUCAUUGACAGGAGUCAGGAGAUGGCCUUGAAAUUGCUACUCGCAAUUGGAAAUAUAUUCUUUUCGUGUGUUGGUAACAUAUUACCAUCAUGUGAGAAAAUGUUUCGUCUCCAAAUAAUGACUUAUGGCAUCGGUAUGAACAUUGUGGGCACACAAAUAUAUUGUGUAUCUCCACAGUGGUUUCUACAUGAGAGAUCGUGAUUUUUUAGACUUGUCCAAAGCCAUGUUUACUCCAUCUGACAUUUCUAUCUUUAUUUUCUCUAUAAAUAAUCUCCCUAACGCAAUUUUGACAUUCUGUAAGUAUGAAGUAAUGCCGUUUCGUAUGCGUUCUUGUUCGAGUAGAUGCGUCUAACUCAUUUUUAUACAGUUGGUUUUAGGUUGUCCAUUUUUAGUCCACAUCCGUUAGAUUGUCACAACUGUCGCCAUCUAUUACGGCUUUUUUACUUCCGGUGGGUGUUCGUGAAUCGAAAACGUCGCUUGCUCUCUAAUGACGUGGAGCAACUAGAUAUGCCCCAUGAAACAUAUACACUGUGAAAUCAUAACUCACAAAAGGAUUAUGUUAUUGCAUGUUUAUUCCUAGUGUCUAGGCGCUAAAUGACUGAAUAUGGGUGACUAGGGGUCUAUAGCCCUCCCCCCAGAAGUAGCCCCUCCCCAAAAAUAAAGACCUUGAUUGCUGCCUAAAAGGCAAAGUGAACCAAAUUUCAAACAUUGUGGUCAAUGAAAUAUUCCUUAAGUGAAUUUAAACUGGGAAUAUUCAGCGCCCGUAAUAAUUUUCACACGUAAUAAUUUUCACGUAAUAUUUUUCCAUAGAAAUUUUUCCAUCGCCAGGUAUUUAACUAUAUCUACAUUGCUGGCGAUUUUAGGCCCCACCAAGUCAUCCAACCCAGUAUACUUUGUUGUACACAAAGUGCAGGGAAUGGCAUUUGCGAGCCUCCAUUCUUUAAUUUUUUUUCCGAGAGAGCAUGGCCCCAUGCCACCUAACUUUAAAUAUCUUCUUAUACUACUGCUGUGACAGUUUUGCGUGUCGUGUGUAGAGUAGUAUUUGCACUUUAGCCCUUCAAAAUCUUCCGCCGCCACUGCUAUUCGUGUUGAUCGUAAAAUAUGUGAUUAAUUUUUUCCAUAUAUUUUGAUACAGUUGUGGUUUUCUCAAGAUAAAUAUUUCUUUUUAUAGCGGACUAGCUGCAGACAAUCCAAAUUUUCAAAAGAUUACUGGGGACUGGCGCGAACGUGUACGUAAGGCAAAACAACGGACGAGUACUACAGCUGAAACAGAGUAGUCAAAUUUCUAGUUGAGGAAGACUCCUUGUUCGAAUUUUCGAAACUUUGUUAAGUAUAUAUACAUACGACUAUGGAAGGAAUACAUGGAAAUACUGUAGCAUCACUUCUUAAACAGACAAGUCUCCUAUGUUUUAAACCUUAAAACAGGAUGCUUGAUACACAAUUAUAAAAUGUUAAUUUUAUACCAAAUUAUACGCAUCGGUUACUGAAUACUGCACGUUUGUUUCAAAGACAAAUUUCAAGUGGUUACGCCAAAAACUAUUCAAAGAGAUUGACAACAAAGCCGCCACCCCACAGAAACUCACCAUUUCGGGGAACAAUUCCAUUUUGUCUUCAUCUUGUGUUUUAAGGCUUGUAAGUACAUUUCUGUAUGUUGGCGGCACUCAAAUUUCUUGUGGGCUCCUUUUCUUCGACUUUCCUAUUCAACUCCUAUAUUGUUAAACACGUGAAAUUUCAGGUUCAUUUAAUAUAGAAACAAUAACUUGCAGCAUUAGAAGGCUCACAAAAAUUUCAUAUAAGACAUUUAAAAUUUCAACUUCUUCUUGAGUUAUGAGCUUUUGAAAACGUGUUCUCAGACUAAUGCCCAGGAUUUGUGCACGUUUUGGCCUAUUUUUCACACUUUGGAACAGCAAUAACUCGAACGCCGUUUGAAAAGUCAAGGUAACCGUUUAAAUGUCUUAUAUGUAGUUUUUACUUUCACGUUUUUAACGAGAUUGGAGUUUAAUAGGAAAAUCGAAGAAAAACGUGUUGACAGGAGCCCACAAGACAAUUGAACGAUGCCAACAUACAGAAAUGCACUUACUAGCCUUAAGCCCCAGGCAAACUAGGAAACAUUGUUGCGGCAACAUUGUUUCCUGCCAAUGAUUCGCCAUUUUUCCCAGAGUGGGCAAACACUAGGAAACAUUAGUGAGAAACAUAGGGAAACAUCAAAUGUUUCUGAAUUUCGUCGGAAACAUUUUUGCUUCCCAAAAAGCAAAUUUUGUUUCCGCAACAAUGUUUGCACCGGUGGGCAAAUAUGGAAACAUUUGAGGAAACAUCGAGUUUCCGCAACAAUGUUUCCUAGUUUGCCCAGGGCUUUAACAAGAUGAAGGCAAAAUAGAAUUGUGCCCUGAAGCUCUCUAAAGACUAGCUCUAUGGUUGAAACCGGCGCGUAUACAGCGUCAGAUUUGCUACUCAAGUAACUAGUGCAAAAUUGAUACUAAAAUACAUUUAUCAUAAACCACCAUCCUGACCAUCGAGAAAAGGUGUUGGUUUAAUCGACGUACAUGACUGUACGACGUCCUCCUUGUAAAACUGAUUUUAUAAUACAAGAAUAAAUAUUGAUUUAAGAC